AUGGAGGUGGAGGAGGCGUUUCAGGCGGUGGGGGAGAUGGGCAUCUACCAGAUGUACUUGUGCUUCCUGCUGGCCGUGCUGCUGCAGCUCUACGUGGCCACGGAGGCCAUCCUCAUCGCACUGGUGGGGGCCACGCCGUCCUACCACUGGGACCUGGCAGAGCUCCUGCCCAACCAGAGCCACGGCAACCGGUCAGCGGGUGACGACCACGCCUUGGGGGACUGGCUGCUGACUGCCAAUGGCAGCGAGGUCCGGAAGCACGUGCACUUCAGCAGCACUUUCACCUCCAUCGCCUCGGAGUGGUUUUUAAUUGCCAACAGAUCCUACAAAGUCAGCGCAGCAAGCUCUUUCUUCUUCAGUGGUGUGUUUGUGGGAGUUAUCUCUUUUGGUCAGCUUUCAGAUCGCUUCGGGAGGAAAAAAGUCUAUCUCACAGGUUUUGCUCUUGACAUCUUAUUUGCCAUUGCAAAUGGGUUUUCCCCCUCCUAUGAGUUCUUUGCAAUAACUCGCUUCCUGGUGGGUGUGAUGAACGGAGGAAUGUCACUGGUGGCCUUUGUCCUGCUGAACGAAUGUGUGGGCACCGCCUACUGGGCGCUCGCAGGAUCGAUCGGUGGCCUCUUCUUCGCGGUUGGCAUCGCCCAGUAUGCCCUGUUGGGAUACUUCAUCCGCUCCUGGAGGACCCUCGCCAUUCUGGUUAACCUGCAGGGAACAGUGGUCUUCCUCCUAUCUUUAUUCAUUCCUGAAUCACCUCGUUGGUUAUACUCCCAGGGUCGGCUGAGUGAGGCUGAAGCGGCUCUGUACCUCAUUGCCAAGAGGAACCACAAGCUCAAGUGUACGUUCUCACUAACACAUCCGGCCAGCAGGAGCUACAGGGAAACCGGAAGUUUCCUGGAUCUCUUCCGUUACCGGAUCCUCUUGGGGCACACGCUGACCCUGAUGUUCAUCUGGUUUGUGUGCAGCUUGGUGUAUUAUGGCCUCACUCUGAGUGCAGGUGAUCUAGGCGGAAAUAUUUAUGCCAACCUGGCCCUGUCUGGCCUCAUAGAGAUUCCUUCUUACCCUAUCUGCAUCUACUUGAUUAACCAAAAAUGGUGA